AUGAGUGGUUCGAAACGUGGAAGCAACGCUUAUGAAGAAGCUCACGCAGACCUUGAGAGAAGAGAGCAACUCUGGAAAGUGCUUGCUCGCGGCUCAUCUGCUCUGCUUCUCACGUCGCCGAGGGACAGUAGGCUGGUGUUGCGGUUGCGGCUGGAGCGUUCUCUGGACUCAGAGCCCCUUCGACGCGCUGUUGAACGUAUCUUCGAACCGUUCGCCGUACGAAGAGAACGAGUGAACGAUUUCGCUGAGUACCAGCCGAAUCUGCUGACGCCAAUGGCGGUCUCCGAUCACGGUGCCGAACGAGUUCCUUUUCUCACUAUCGAAAUCAAACCGAAGAGGUGCGGUAGCUUUGAGCGUCUCUCCUAUCGCGCCUGCGAUCUCUUUGCAAAUGAUCUGGACCUCUGCCGCAGCGCGCUGCGCUCACUUCUCGAAGGCCCGCAACAGCUGCGAAAACUCCUCCGCCUGCACUGGUUGCACGGAGAGCAAUGCCUCUCUGAAGCGAUGCAGCGCUUUCGAGCCGGAUCGAGUCUAGUGGACUGGAUGGCGCGCGUUAUCCAGACAUCGCCCGCGCUUGCCAGAGUGCAUCGCGUUCAGCAACUUCACUCGUGUGACCAUGCGCUUGUGAAGCGUUUAUUCGAGCUUGAAAGAAGACGGUUGCUUUCAACGCCGUUUGGUAGACGCCUACGCAGUGGAGCGAGUCGUGAUGAGCGCCUAAGCUGGUUCGUGGGCAAGACUCUUGACAGACGAGCAGCGAUCUGGCUUGUCCAGAAUCAGUCGAUCAUCUGGUCGCAUAUCGAACUGAGCGCUGCAUCGGAGCCCGGGUCUGAUCAGUUUUACGCACUGUACAACUUGGCGUGCAUUGCGAACGACUGUUCCAUUCUCAUCCGAAUUGACGAGCAAGGCUUUGUGAUCGAUCAUACGAUCGUUGAUUUGGACUGCAAACCGUUCGUGCUAGAGCGGAUCACACGGAGGGCUAGCGUCUACGGCCGCGGUCUUUGUCCCCAUGAGGCUGGGUAA